CCUGCUGCUAGAGUUACCUCCAAGGUCACUGACUUUCUCAGCAGCAUCCCAGUCAAGGAAAACAAAAUUCUAAAAUGGCAUCGGGAGGCAGUGUGAAGCCAUUUGUCCACUUCAAUGCGAAGCAGGAUGCAGAGUUGCUCUACAAGGCAAUGAAAGGACUUGGAACGGAUGAAGACACCAUCCUUAUGCUCCUGACUUCGCGGUCCAAUGACCAGAGGCAGCAAAUCAAGGCGGCAUACAAGAAAUCCCAUGGCAAGGACCUUGUUAAAGAUUUAAAGUCUGAGCUGGGUGGAAAGUUGGAGGAUCUCCUCCUUGCUUUAAUGGCCCCUCCAGCUUCCUACGAUGCUAAUGAGCUACACAAAGCCAUAAAGGGAACAGGAACGGAGGAUGACGUCCUGAUUGAGAUUCUGGCCUCCAGAGCACCAGAGGAGAUAAUAAACAUCAUCAAGGCAUACAAAAAAGACCACGGCGCCAAGCUGGAGAAGGACAUCAUGGGAGACACGUCAGGCCACUACCAAAGGAUGCUUGUGAUUCUCCUCCAGGCGAACAGGGAGGAAGGAGUGGGUGAGUUGACAGUGGAGAAGGAUGCAAAGGAUCUGUACUCGGCAGGAGAGGAGAAGUUUGGCACGGACGAGGACAAGUUUAUCAAUAUCCUCGGCAACCGGAGUGUCGAGCACCUGCGUAAAGUGUUUGAAGCCUACAGAAAAGUGGCUGGGUGUGAUCUUGAGGAAAGCAUCAAGGAAGAGUGUACAGGGAACCUAGAGAAGGUGUUGCUGGCUGUGGUGAAAUGUAUCAAAAGUGUUCCUGCCUACCUUGCUGAAUGCGUCCAUGACAGUAUGAGUCGUGCGGGCACGGAUGACAGGGCUCUGAUCCGGAUCAUGGUGUCCAGGAGUGAAGUGGACAUGCUGGACAUCCGAGCCCACUUCAAGCGCAUGUAUCGCCAGUCACUUUACACCACCAUACAGGAGGACACAGCAGGGGACUACCAGAAGGCGUUGCUCUACCUGUGUGGAGGAAAUGACUGAUGAAAUGACUUACCUUUGGGUUUACGUUUGGUCAGUUUGAAGAGAUUCAUUCUGAGCUCACUUUCUGUCUGUCAUUCCAAGUCUUCAAAUACCUCAAAUAUCUUUUAUUGUUUGGUUGCUCUCAGGUGACAGUUGAGUAUUUCAUAAGAAUUUUGAAUUGAGAAAUAAGUGCUUUCUUGGAUGCCUUCCUGUUUGGCUAUGUAUCAUAACAAGAAUGUAUAAUAGUGCAUAUUCAAUUUCCAACAAGUAUCCAAUCGGUUACAGUGAAAUGAU